GUCCGAAGCCACGUGGCUGACUGGUGCUGGAAGGCAUAUUAUCCAUCCUACGCGCCGAGCGUCCUGCCAACGAGGCUGAGUUUUGGUAUUCGUCAUACUGCAUACGGGUCGCGCUGAAGGGCCGGGAGUGAGCUGGGGUUAACUGUUGUCGGCCCACUGGCGAUGGCGUGCUCGCUGAAGUUCACCAUAGCCCUGCCGGGGCAGGAGGUCUCGAGUCCUUCUCUGAGGAGGAGAGAUGGUGGCCGUGAGGUCUCCACCUCCCAUCGAGCUCCGGCUAUGGCUGCUGACUUUCUCUGUGACCGCUUGAGUGCUAAAUCUCAAUCUGCUGCUGCCGCUGUUGCUCUCACGUCUCCCACCACCCUUUCGUCGUCCUUCUCCGGAGAUGCAGUCUGCCGACGGAGCUCUUCUGCCUCCUCCUUCGGGCAGGAAAGGAAAAGUGAACGGGAAGCAGAAGGCAGGGCGUGGCGCCACGCGGCAGGCGUCAAAGCGAUGGCCGUGCUGGCGGCUGAGCCAAUCGAGAUGUCUGAAGUGGUGAUGUGGACGGGUGGGAAGAGACUUCAGACUCAGACUGCUCCUAUUGCGACAGACACGACGACCAUUCGGUCCCUCGAUUGGGAUCGCGACCGGUUCGAUAUAGAGUUUGGUCUUCAGAAUGGGACAACCUACAAUUCGUACAUUAUACAGGGAGAGAAAACUGCUGUGAUCGAUGCCUCGCACGAGAAGUUCCGGGAGUUGUACCUCAACGCUCUGCGGAAACAGAUCGGCCUCUCGACAAUCAGCUACAUCGUUGCGAACCACACAGAACCAGAUCACAGUGGCCUGAUUGCUGACCUAGUGGAGAUCGUUCCAAAUGCCACGGUAGUCGGCUCGAAGAUCUGCAUCCAGUUUCUGCAGAACUUGAUCCUUAAGCCAUUCAAGAGCCAAGUUGUCAAGAAUGGCGAUACGUUGGAUCUGGGAAAUGGACAUGUACUGGAGUUUGUCAUGGCACCGAACCUUCAUUGGCCGGACACCAUCUUCACUCUCGACCGGGCCACAGGCAUUUUGUUCACCUGCGACGCCUUUGGGAUGCACUACUGCGGUGAGGCGCUUUAUGACGAGGAAUUGCCAAAAAUCGAGCCCCACUACCGGUUCUACUAUGACUGCCUUAUGAGGCCCAAUGCAAAGUCAGUGCUAUCAGCUCUUAAGAGGACUGCAGACAUGAGCUUCAACACGAUCGCAGUCGGCCAUGGGCCGCUGCUAAGGUACAACGUGGACGAGCUGGUGGGAAAGUAUGCGAAUUGGAGCAAAGACGCUGUUGAGAAGCAAAGUGCCAGUGUUGCAGUCCUUUAUUGCUCCGACUAUGGCUACAGCGAUCGCCUCUCUCAGGCCCUGGCCAGAGGGAUCACAAAGACGGAAACAGGGGUGGAAAUGAUGGACCUGAACUCGGCGGACACCCAGGAGCUCAUCGAGUGCGUGGGGCGGAAUGGCGCCCUGGUGGUAAUGACCCCCCCUCAGAAAGGGCCAGCGAAUGAAGCAGUCAGCACCCUUCUAGCUGCAGUAACGAGCAAGCAGCCGAUUUUGAUUGCUGAGAGCUUUGGUGGUGAUGACGAGCCGGUUGAUCCUCUGAUGUCACGCUUUGCUGAAUUGGGCCUGACCCCUGCUUUUGCACCCCUCAAAGUCAAAGAUGUACCGACGGAAGCCACAUACCAGCUGUUUGAAGAGGCGGGUACAGAUUUAGGGCAGAAACUGACUCAGAAGAACCAGAUCAAAGGCAAGAAGAUGAUAGCCACCGAUGUGGCCAAGGCUAUUGCAAGAAUCUCUGGAGGUCUAUACAUUGUCACAACUGUCAAGGGGGAUUCUAAAGGAGCCAUGGUUGCCUCCUGGGUCUCUCAGGCCAGCUUUAAGCCUCUUGGAAUAACUAUUGCGGUGGCAAAAGAUCGUGCGAUCGAGUCCCUCAUGCAGGCCCAGAUAUUGGAAGAUUUUGUACGGACUGCGUACAAGAGGUGGCAUGACCCUCAAGGGGCUCAGAAGGCCACUGACGCGAUCAACAAUCUUUGUGGCCAAAGGUACAAGAAUGUACAUGAGGUCACAUACGCCAUAGAAUGUCUGAUUGUAGUACCUGGUGUGCACUUCGACCCGCAGGUACUCCUCACGUAUUAUUUGAGAUGUUUGCCAACAUAUGUAAAAAAUAAGCUGGUGGACGAGGCCUACAUUGAGCAGCAUAGCUUCGCCUCAUUCAGCAAGAAAGUCUUAGACAUAGAGGCUAAGCUUAGGUCCACGCAUCAGAGUCAGGGAGAUGGUAGGAAGAAGAGACUUCUCCAGGACAGAGAGAAGAAUGGUCAACUCAUGUUUGUCGACCAUGAUGGUCAGACAACUGAGAUUGACGACUUCCCAGAUCUAGGGGAUGCGACAGAGCAGGAUGGGGCCAGCGAGACGUCGGAUUGGGGAGUCGUGGCUCCUAUCAAAGAAAAAGUUAGGGGGAUCGGGAAGCAGAAGGUAGGCCAGUCUACGGGUCAGGGCGACCAAGGAAUACCCGCAUGGGUAAAACUUGGUUUAGAUUACGAGGUGUGGAGAGACCGAGUUGCUAGGGGCACGUGCAUGAAUUGUGGCAACUAUGGCCACACAUCUACAACGUGUCGGGGCAAUAAAGUCACAAUGAACGUAGCCUCUCCAACAGUGGUGGGCUUAUCUUCGAACCCUAGCGGUGCUUCUGCAAGCACUUCGCAGGGAAACACAUCGGGCUAGUAGGAGUGUUAGCUGCUCUUAUGCGCGCUGGAGUGGUAACGUUGCCUUCCCCACUUUAGGCGUUGGUCAAGGCUAGUGACCCAUACAUCG